AUGCUGCGUGUACGCGUGGCUGUGCUCUGAAGAAGCAUAAAAAACACUGCAAUACAAGACCACAAGAGCAUUGUACUACCAAAAAUGGCUUCCAGGCCCGGCAUCCUCACGGAAUGGCCAUGGACAUGGCUGGGCAGCUUCAAGUAUGUGGUGUUGGCUCCUUUUGUGGCUCAUUCAACAUACAAAUACCUGACAGAUUCCCCAAAUGAGAGGGAUCCUAACAUCUUGCUGAUUUUCCCCUUCUUGCUGAUAAGAAUGCUCCACAACCAGCUAUGGAUUUCGCUCUCGCGCUAUCGAACAGCCAAAGGGGACAACAGGAUUGUUGAUAAAGGCAUUGAGUUUGAGCAAGUUGACAGAGAAAGAAACUGGGAUGAUCAGAUCAUUCUAAAUGGUCUGUUAUUCUACUGGGGUUACUAUAAGUUACCCAUCACUCAUCAUAUGCCAAUCUGGAGAACAGAUGGGAUUAUACUUACUGCUUUGAUUCAUACCGGCCCUGUCGAGUUCCUCUACUACUGGCUCCACAGAGCCCUCCACCACCACAUCCUCUACUCCCGCUACCACUCCCACCACCAUUCCUCCAUCGUCACCGAGCCCAUCACAUCUGUGAUCCAUCCAUUUGCAGAACACAUUGCAUAUUUUGUACUCUUUGCCAUUCCACUUCUCACAACUGUUUUCACCGGGACUGCCUCCGUUGUGUCGUUUAGUCUUUACAUCUUAUACAUUGAUGUGAUGAACAACAUGGGGCAUUGCAACUUUGAGCUAAUCCCCAGCUGGCUGUUUUCCAUUUUUCCACCUCUCAAGUACUUGAUGUAUACACCUUCGUACCAUUCUCUGCACCACACUCAAUUCAGAACAAACUAUGCACUCUUCAUGCCAAUGUAUGAUUACAUCUACAACACCAUGGACAUGUCUUCAGACACAUUGUACCAGAAAUCUCUGCAGAGAGAGGGUGAUUCUCCUGAUGUGGUGCAUCUAACUCACCUCAUUUCCCCAGAGUCCAUCUACCAUCUCAGGAUAGGCUUUGCAUCUCUGGCCUCAAAUCCUCAGUCCUCCAAGUGGUACUUAUGGCUAAUGUGGCCUGUCACAGUUUGGUCUAUGAUGAUCACUUGGAUUUAUGGCCACACCUUUAUUGUUGAGAGAAAUGUAUUCAAGAAUCUCAAGCUACAAACUUGGGCUAUCCCCAAGUAUCGCGUUCAAUACUUCAUGCAAUGGCAAAGAGAGGCAAUUGACAAGUUGAUUGAGGAAGCCAUAUUAGAAGCUGAGGACAAAGGUGUCAAGGUCUUAAGCCUUGGGCUAUUGAAUCAGGAGGAGUUGAAUAAGAAGAGUGAUGAGCUUUUCAUAAGAAAGAACCCAGAGCUAAAAGUGAAGGUGGUGGAUGGAAGUAGUCUAGCAGUUGCAGUGGUCCUCAACUCCAUUCCUAAAGGAACAACUCAAGUUGUGCUUAGAGGCAACCUGUCUAAGGUUGCCUGUUCUAUUGCCCUUGCAUUAUGCCAACAAGGAACCCAGGUUGCUGUAUUGGGUGAGGAUGAGUAUAAGAGGCUCAAGGCAAGGCUUAACCCAGAGGCAGCUACUAACUUGGUCCUUACAAAAACUUAUUCUGCAAAGACAUGGCUAGUUGGGGAUGGAUUGAGUGCAGAUGAUCAGAUGAAAGCACCAAAAGGAACAUUCUUCAUUCCCUUCUCUCAGUUCCCUCCAAAGAAAGUGCGCAAAGAUUGUCUCUACUUCAACACACCUGCCAUGAUUGUGCCUAAACACCUCGAGAACUUGGACUCUUGUGAGAAUUGGCUGCCAAGAAGAGUGAUGAGUGCAUGGAGAGUUGCAGGGAUUUUGCAUGGUGUGGAGGGGUGGAAUGUGAACGAGUGUGGGAACGCCAUGUUUGACAUUGGGAAAAUCUGGGAAGCUAGUCUUCGCCAUGGCUUUCGUCCCUUCACAGUGUCUGCAGCUACUGAGCCAAAUUAAAGACCUAAUUAAUUAAUAUUAAGAACAGCAAUAUAUAUAUUAAGUAUUUAUAUCUAUAGUUUGGGUCUUUGAAAUGGCAUGAAACACUAUGUAUGUCGUGUGUGUUUUUGUAUUCAUCAGAAUGUGAUGAUCAUGGCUUAGCUUCCUCUAUUUGCAAAAGAGAUGCACCUAUCUAUCUAGCUACCUUAUUAGUUAUUAUCAAAUGGUUUUCUUCA